AUGCACCUCUUCGACCUGCCUUACGAUGUCCGACACCAAAUCUGGACGCAUGUUCUCCCACCAGGACAAAUCUACAUCCAGGCUACAGCUAGAGGCUUGAGGAGCAUUACUCCCGAGGAGAAAAUACCUGUCGAGCUCCUUAGAGUGUGUGAAGCCUUGAAUGCUGAGGUCGGAGCGCAUCUGUACGGCAAACUAUUGAACAUUGUCGGACGCAAGCAGGAUUGUCUGGUUGCAUACAAGGCGAUUUUGGAGACCACGAGGAAGUACGCUCGGGAGGAAGUAAACGUGGAUGCGUUCAGUAACGGCUCGCAUUCCGCUACCAUGUGCAUCAGCAUACACGCGGGCCAAGCCAACAGGGCUUACCUGCAACGACGAGAACGAGGCGAGCCAAAAGCCAUUGAGGAUCUCGAGGAAGAACUUCGCGGGAGCUCGAAAGUGACCGGUGGACUAUCCCAUAGCUCAGAGACUCUCGAAACAUCCCAAGCACCGAUCGAAUCACCAGCAGAGUUAGUACGACGGAGAUCAAGUCGCAACAGUGUUCGGCAAGAAUGA